AAAGCGCAGAUUUCACUCGAACACCUCGCCAAAACAACCGCCACUCACCCGACAAACAUGAAGCCGGAAAACCAAGAAAUCGGAGCCGGAGCACCGCUUCUGUCAACUGCGGCGGCGUGCCAGUCACCGUCGUCGAUAGAGUGCCAGAGAGCGGAGGGUGGGUCGCUAAGCGGCGCCAUAUUCAACGUCUCAACGGGCAUGGUGGGCGCUGGGAUUAUGUCAGUCCCUGCAACUUUCAAGGUCCUGGGAGUGAUCCCCAGCUUCUUUGUGAUUCUGGUCGUGGCGUAUUUCGUGGAGGUGACCGUCGAUUUCCUCUUGAAGUAUAGCAACUGCGGCGAGACGGAUUCGUAUGGUGGAUUGAUGGCUGAGUCUUUUGGAAAAGUUGGGUCCAUGGCGCUUCAGAUUUGUGUCAUGAUUACCAACCUGGGUGCCCUUAUUAUUUACUUAAUCAUCAUUGGAGAUGUCCUCUCGGGAAAUGAUUCUGAUGGAUCACUGCACCUUGGUGUCCUACAGCAAUGGUUUGGCAUCCAUUGGUGGACCUCACGGGCGUUUUCCGUCCUUAUUGUGGUGCUUUUCGUUAUGCUUCCCUUGCUUUGUAUACGGCGUAUAGAUUCACUUAGACAUGCGUCAGCAAUAUCCAUUCUGCUAGCGGUGCUUUUUGUUGCCAUAUGCUCGGGGAUGGCGAUAUAUUAUGUGUGUAAAGGGAAGACGGGAAGUUUAAGGCUUUUUCCCGAUUUUGCAAAUGGAGUCUCGUUCUUUGAUCUCUUCACUACGAUUCCAGUGUUUGCCACCGCCUUUGGAUGCCAUGUAAACGUUCAUCCAGUCAGAGCAGAACUCGGGAGGCCAUCUGAUAUGACCUCAGCAGUGCGGAUAUCCUUAGUGCUAUGUGUUGCCAUUUAUUUUGCUGUGGGAUUCUUUGGUUAUCUGCUAUUCGGGGACGAAAUCAUGGCAGAUAUGCUUGUGAACUUCGACCAAAAUUCUGAUUCCUUUGUUGGCACGUUGCUUAACAUCGUUGUUCGGUUGAGUUAUGCAGUUCACCUCAUGUUGGUGUUUCCCGUCAUGAAUUAUUCUCUCAGGGUUAAUGUGGACGAACUGUUAUUCCCGAAAGGGCCUCUGUUGUCCACAGAAACCCCGAGGUUUUUAUCGCUCACCGGUGUUCUUCUUGCGUUCAUGUAUCUAGCUGCAAUUGCCAUCCCGAACAUAUGGUACUUCUUUCAGUUCAUGGGAACAACCACCGUCAUGUGCCUCAUGUUCAUAUUCCCCAGCUCGAUAAUUCUUAGAGACGUUCACAAUAUAAGUACUAAGCGGGAUAAGAUGUUGGCAGUAUUGGUCAUCGUGCUCGCAGUUGGGACUAGUCUAACAGCCAUUUACUCCAAUGUAUCAACCUAUAUUAUCAAGAACUGACCGGAUUUUGCAGUUUGAAAACAUUUCUAGGAAAAAAAAAAUUUGCGGAGAGCCGUUUUUUGCCAGCCUCUCACAGUAUCAGGUCAGAUAGUCCCUUUGCUGUAAACAGAUUAAGAUUAGUGUUCAACCAUGUAUCGGUUCUUGAUUCUUCAAUUAUGUUGAAAACGUGCAAUAAUCUUAUAAAUGAUUCCCGAUAUUCAUGAAGUUUGAAAA